AUGGAACGUCUAAAUUUCGAAGCUCUCAAAGAUUUACAUAACACUGCUAACGACCUACUCCACAUGUACUCGCCCAUAGUCCAACAAGCUAUCGUUGAUCAUCGACAAGAAAAAUGGGUUUCUGAAGUCUCCGAAGCUUCUCUAAGAAUGUUGGACGUGUGCGGUAUUUCCAAAGAUGUUCUUUUGCUAGUAAAACAACAUCUUCAAGAUCUUCAACUCACGCUUCGUAGAGUCGGAGAAUCAGAUAUUGGUGAUAAAGUCGCUGCUUAUAAUUGUUACAGGAAGAAGCUAAACAAAGAGACGGUCAAGUGCUUGAAUUCCUUAAAGGGGAUGAAGAUUAAAUCCAUCAUUUCAGAAACCGCGCCGGUCGACCACAAUCUGACGCUAGUGGUGGAUGUGCUAAGAGAAGUGAGGGUGACCACCAUCUCCAUUGUGGAGUCCCUGUUGUCCCUCAUUGCCAUUCCCUGGCUGGACAGAAAAUCGAGUAAACGGUCAUUCGCUUCCAAGUUUAUGCGUGUGAGUGGCCAAAGUCUGUAUGACAUUUGCGAUGAAAUGGCAGUUCAAAGUGCGAAUAAAAGAUUGGAGGCAGUGGAGAUUACGAUAGAGUACCUUGAGGUGGAGUUAGAGUGCAUGUUUAGACGAUUGAUCCAGACAAGAGUGGGACUUCUCAAUGUACUUACCAAAUAG